GCGGCUCGCGUAGCCGUUCAUUACAUUGAGUGUUGGCAUCAAGUAAAGAAGUUACGGCGCAAGAGAGAAGACGUGAAAAAAAGUUUUUGCAAGUUUUCAGCUAAACGAUUCAGCGGCAGUGCAAAGUAGCAGCUAAUGAGUAAUUCAAAAAACUAAGAAGCUAAUCAGUGCAGUUGGCAAACGUACAGCACGUUUUCAAAAGGAGCUAGCCAUCCGCGGGCUUUGACCGGCGAAAGUGCACGCUUGAAUCAAUCGAGGAAGAUUUCCAGCAAACUGUGAUUCUCUGCGGGCAAGUUCUGUCCAUAAAAUACAGUUGAGAGAAAACCAAACGAAAAAAAAAAUCAAACAAAAAACACUUACCUACAGACACUAGAGCAAAAAUUUUGCCAAACGACAGCUUUGCGUAGAGUUUGGGUGCGUGUAAGCUGUGUCAGCUGUUUUUGCUCGUCCAUUCAAUUGUACAGUGGGGAAGAUCUUUCAAACGUAAUAUUCAAAGUGCAUGGUGUAAAAAGUUUUUUAUAAGUGAUAAGAAGAGACAUCCUAAACAGAAGAGAAAAAGUCACCAAACCGCGGGGAAUAAGGUGAAGAGGUCAAGACUUUAAUUUAUUAUUUAUGCUACAUUAGUUGUAAAAUAACGAAGAAAAGUGGUUACGAAAACAAACUAGGGAAAAGGUGUACACAAGGCUAAACAAAUGAUACUGAGAUAACGGUAAACUUCGCAACCACGAAUAUACAAACAGAACAUAAAAAAACUAGAAGUGUGAAUAAACCAACUUAAAGUGUAAGCAUUCUAAGCGUAAGCAUAGUUUUUAAACGCAGAGUAAAAGUGGAACAAGCAUCUGGAGUGCGGUUUUAAAAAGCGAAAAAUAAAAUCACCCACGAGAGUUGUUUUAUAACUGGAAGAGGACAACGGAGGAAUAGUAAAAUAAGCGAAAAUCUUUGUAGGAGCUAAAAACACCAGUAGAAAAAAAAAUAGUCCGUGCACUCUACUGCAAUCAUGAUGACUGAAACGCUGAAUUCUAAUAAUCACAUCAGCCAGAAAGGCGAGAAUAAAGUGGAUGACAUGGGAUGGAAAGCCAAACUCAAAAUACCGCCCAAAGAUACUAGAAUUAAGACAAGCGAUGUUACAGACACUCGAGGCAACGAGUUUGAAGAGUUCUGUCUGAAGCGUGAGCUGCUGAUGGGCAUCUUCGAAAAGGGAUGGGAGAAGCCGUCGCCAAUCCAAGAAGCCGCCAUCCCAAUUGCACUAGUGGGUAAGGAUAUCUUGGCGAGGGCCAAGAACGGUACCGGCAAAACGGGCGCGUACAGUAUUCCUGUACUAGAACAAGUGGAUCCGAGCAAGGAUUAUAUCCAGGCGUUGAUCAUCGUGCCAACGCGCGAGCUGGCACUGCAAACAUCACAGAUUUGCAUUGAGCUUGCCAAACACAUGCAUAUCCGGGUUAUGGUGACCACCGGUGGUACUAACCUCAAGGAUGAUAUUAUGAGAAUAUAUCAGAAAGUUCAAGUGAUCAUCGCGACGCCCGGCCGUAUACUUGACUUGAUGGACAAAGAGGUGGCGAAUAUGGCCAACUGCCGUAUGUUAGUAUUAGACGAGGCGGACAAACUGCUUUCGCAAGACUUCAAAGGCAUGCUGGAUCAUGUCAUUAUGAAAUUGCCGAGAGAGCGCCAGAUUCUUCUGUUCUCGGCGACAUUCCCGCUAAGUGUAAAGAACUUCAUGGAAAAACAUUUGCGCGAGCCUUACGAAAUUAAUCUGAUGGAAGAGUUAACUCUGAAGGGUGUUACCCAGUACUAUGCAUUCGUCCAGGAGCGGCAGAAGGUGCACUGCCUCAAUACCCUAUUCUCAAAGCUGCAGAUCAACCAAUCGAUCAUUUUCUGCAAUUCGACACAGCGUGUCGAACUGUUGGCGAAAAAGAUAACCGAGCUGGGCUACUGCUGCUACUACAUUCACGCCAAGAUGCAGCAGGCUCACCGAAACCGUGUUUUCCAUGACUUCCGAUCCGGGCUGUGCCGGAAUCUGGUCUGCUCCGAUCUCUUCACGCGCGGUAUCGAUGUACAGGCUGUGAACGUUGUUAUUAACUUUGAUUUCCCCAAGAUGGCGGAGACUUAUCUGCACAGAAUUGGUAGAUCCGGACGCUUUGGACAUUUGGGUAUUGCUAUCAACCUAAUAACUUACGAAGAUCGAUUCGAUUUGCACCGUAUUGAGAAGGAGCUCGGUACCGAAAUCAAACCGAUCCCCAAGGUGAUCGAUCCGGCUCUGUAUGUACCCAGGCUGGACGAUCCAAACAAUACGCAGGAGGAACAAAACAUUAGCAAAUAAGCCCUUCUCCCACAGUAAUUGCAUCAUACACCCGCAUACCAGUAGCUGCAGAAGAAAAAAAAAACAAAAUCAAAUAAAGAACAAACUAAUCGGCGCAUUUUGCUUCGGAACAUAUGAUAUCGCUUCCGAGCAAACAUCGACGAAAGAAACGUAAAAUACACGACGCGCCGAGAAACUGCACGAGUUUCAUGUUAGGAAUCAAGCUGCUGAACGUGUGGGUUAGUCACACAUUUACAAGAGAGAAAUGGAGUCUUCAAAUUAUUACAUUUUUGUUCAAGAAAAAAAACCUUUUUAAAAAUUGUUCUAUAAGAAACGAGAGAAGAUACUGAAGAAUUCAAAUGGUUCCCAUAAACACACACAAACAUACAAACUAAAUCUGUAAACUAUUGUGGAGGAGGAAUGCGGCAUCCGAGUGUUAGCGAAAACCCGAGAGAACGUGGAUCGAGUGGAUGAGAAAAGUGCAUCGUGCGGAACCUACCGGUAUAACCAGCAUACUACAUCAUCGUUGUGUACGGGUUGAUGAACUAGAGACAUCAACAUUUUUUAAGCAAACCUAGCGAAUUAACUAAUUCUGGAGAAUACACAAACCGGGAACUAGUUUGCAGCGAUCAACAACAAAAAAAAAACAUGUGUACAUAGUAUUGCAAAGGAGAGAGACUCGUUAUUCUUCAAGGAAGACGAUAUGCUGCUGUAAACGAAGGAUACACGAACUUAGAAAAGUACCGGUUUGCCUUUCGUUAUUCUGCUAGUGUGUAGGUUUGCAACAAAGUCCAGUUGUUAAACAUUCGGAAAACGUAUCUAAAUUGGACUGAGCUGAUAUUGAACCCUUCAUUCGGACAGAAGAGAAACUCCUAAUAGAGAAGUUAGCAAGCGAGAGACAAUUUUUAUAGCAAAGGGAAAACCAUGAGGAAAACUAAAAAAAAUAUAUACUUACAACGUGGAACAACGGGUUAGAGCUUAGUAUCUCUGCGGCAGAAAAGAUGCUUAAAAAACGGUAUCAACGAACGAAAAGGCAAUAUCCUUCAAACUCUAGGUAUAAUUUUUACCUGACGUAAAAUCUGAUCACCGAAAAGCGUUGCAGAUGCUCUAUGUCUACUGGGUUCAAUAUUUGCGCAGAUCCGUCAGGUAAUUGGGCUAGGUUAUAUACGCUCAUCUAUCAUUUAGCUAAUCACCAAACAGUUCACGAUCACAUUUUAUUGGUGUUUAUUUUCUGUUGGUCAUGAUUAAAUCGCUCAAAGCAUAAUUCUUUCCGAAAGACAUUUUGCGAAAUGAAAAAAAGUACUUUCUAUUCUUUACUUUGCGAUGGAAGAAACAUUUAGAUGAUUUAGGAGACCAGAAUGCAGUCAUAUUAUAUCAGGCAUCUUUUGCAGUUAGUCAUUAACUUUCGACGCGGUUGAAAAAAAUCUUAAGGCAAGCAAGCGAGCAGGGUUAAAAUUUUAUCUGCUGGAUUGAGUUUUGUGCACACGUUAGCACGAUGUUUGCUUCCAUCGCAAUCACCGUCGUCUUUGUUUUGGAAAAAAAUUACAUUAGCAUACAUAUGCAUCAAUCAUAUUUGUGUCAUUUUUGUUCGAUAGUUUUGUUUUCUACGGUUGCCUUCUCCUGGAAAGACUUGUUCGCUAUCGAUGAUGGAAAAACUGCCAUUGUUUCCUACUUGGUACGUUCUAAUGAAACUCUGCCGUUGGUUGCAGCGAGAUUGAAAAAAAAAAUAAAAUCUCACCAAAACAAUAAUUCGAACAAGGUGCAGAUUUUCCAUUGUCAAUGAAUUACUAGCUUAUUUUAUAAUCAGAAUAUUUGUUAUGGUUCCAUGGCAUUUGUGAAACCGCCGAAAGCUCUGACCGACGCUUGCAGUUUUGUAAAAUUUCGUCUUCAAAAGUUAAGUUUCCUGCAGUGUUGGUUAGUUUCGCAUGGAUCGCAAGUGUUGUAGACCAGGAACAAUUUAGCAGUAAAAUUAGAUACAAAGUAAUGAACCUUCGUUUAAGAAGCGUUUGUUCUUUGCUUAAGGAAAAUAAGACAGGAAACUAAACAUUCAUUUGUCAGUGGGAGUUUUUUUUAUCGUUCAACUUUCGGAGUGAGCGAAAAUUCAUGGUUUGUUGGAUACGCUUUGGUAUCGCAUAGGCAUACUCUUGCCAGAGACGGUGUUAUGACAGAGCACCUGAUAUGAACAUCGAUUUUUUGACAGUCUAGUACAUUUGAAUCUAUUGUUAAAACGAGGAGAUGAGGUUCGUAAUUCAUACGUUUAGGUUUACUACUACAACGCACAUUAUUUUAUAAUUUGCAAUUCACCAAACGGCAUACAAUUAUUCAUUGCGCGUCGAUGCGGCAUGUAAACAAUUCAAGAAAAAUACUUGUAAUACAUGUGUUGAAAAAUGGGAAAGAUGAUAUGCUUAGGUGAACUUAUAAUUUUAGACUGUCAAACUCAAACAAUAAUGAAUAGCGCACUUUUUAUGACGCAGAUUUUUCAUUAGAAAAAAAAAUCGUCAAUUUCAUGUACACUAAAAGUUUUGAGUUUUAAAAUGUGUCCUGAAAGUGCUUGUUUGCCAAUAAAGCGUUUUUAAGCGCUCCAAAUGGGAACAAAAGUUCUCGAUUUUUGUUGACAGUUGACACCGGUGCGUUUCUUUGAAAAUUCAAUGACGCAUAUUGACUGUUACGAUUACUGGGAAAAGGGGGUGGAAAUUCAAGCUUCCGUUUAUCACAGUGGUUUUUUUACUCCACCAGUUAAUCAUGUUAAGUAAAAAACUCAAUGGAAGCCAAAAAAAAAAAACGCAUUUGAAAACAAAUGCAAGAGGUAGAAGAUCAAAAAUGUGAUAACUAAAAGCGAGAAAGUUUGCUAAACAAAAAAAAAACAACUAAGCAACUGCGGACGGUGAGGCGUUAAUGCAUGCAGCAACAGCGUAUCGAAAUUCCAAUUCAUGUACAUUGUGCCAUCUUUUUGAAUAUCGAAUCUCCGGUAUGUGAAUUGGAAUUUACAGAUAAGUAUAACACCAACCGCCGCAGGUAAAACAUCAAAAGCACAAUCAAAAGACCAAAUCAAUAACCUUUAAAACCGAUUGCAGCGGCGAAACCCAUUGAAAAGCAAUCGAAUAAUAUCUUAAAACUUGUAGUUAAUUCAGGCAAACCGAUUGUGAUCUCUAUCAGUAAGAAAGGUUGAAGGAAGUUUACUAUUUUUUUCCUCUGUCGUCUAACUACAAUAAUGCAAUGUGCUUCCGCUCUGAAUAGUUUCUCCUUUAAGUGCAAUUUAGAUUUGUAUAUUGAGCUGACCGUCAGUUUCGCAUAGCAUAUGUUUGGUGUCAUACGCAAUUGAUAGUUUGUUUGCUGAGAAAUAAAAAAAAAAUCUUUUAUUUCAAUCAACACAUAAUACCACCAGCAAGCAGAGCGGAAACAAAGAUUGUUGGGGAAAGAAAUAAAAUCACAUACUUCAAAGUACCUGUUAUUUACACAAAUACGCAGAGCAGAGUAAAAUUCAAUUAUAGCCGAUUUGGUAAGACGUGACUCAACAACAUAAAACGUCUUGAUAGUAAAAAAAAGCUGAAAACACGGAGAUUCAUUACAAAUCAAAGCCAAGUUUUCCAAUCCUUCUGAAACGAUCUCUUCCGAUACAAUAGGCAGCAAAGGGUAGAAAACCGAGAAUUCAGCUUCUUGAAGUUCUGUCAUUUUCCUUGCUGUUGCUUUAUUCUCUGCAAAUGCCGACCCGAAUUACCUGCGGGAACUGGGGCAUUGUUUAGAUGGCUGACAGUUUUCAAUCACUUCCAAUACCGAAAAACUCGAAACAGAGCAAACAUUGUCAAUAUUUCACUUCAAACAGUCUCAGGAAAAAAAUACCUUUCUCCUGAGACUUCUAUUCCGGAUAGCAGUUUUGAUUGGCUUUGAUUUGUAAAAAAUUGUUACAAGAAAAAAGUGUAUUGAGAAAAUAGUUCUAAAUCUAUUUCCUAUAAUUUCAAAUAGAAGUAAGAGCGAAGAAGCGAUUAGAAGAAGAAGAAAAACGUCGGAUGCGAAAAAGUGAUGUGUAAAACAAGCGAAAUCACCGUACCUGAUAUUUGUUAUUGUGAGAAAUAAGUUUAGAAAAAAUUUUAGAUCAACACAGAAAAAAGCAAAAAAAAAAAUAAAACUGCUAUCAACUAAA